AUGGAGGAUCUCAAGUCCGAGAUGUCAAAGGGGGUAGAGAAGAUCGAAAUAAACUAUUCGAGUCUUCAUAGCAAGGUGAACGUUCUUCCUGAUGCAGCAAUUUUACAUGACAAGAAUGUCGUGGCUGUAAAAAAACUCCUUGUACGACAUGGCAGAGCACGAGUAGAAUUUGACAAUGAAGUCAAACUGAUGAGCAACAUUCGUCACCGUAAUCUAGUCCGUGUUCUUGGAUGGUCAAGUGAAGGACCAGAGCUCCUUUUGGUCCUGGAAUAUAUGCCUAAUGGUAGCCUUGAUAGAUUCUUGUGGGGUGAAGCACGAGGAAGUUUAACAUGGAAACAACGGUUUGAGAUCAUAUUUGGGAUAGCUCGGGGUCUUGCACAUUUGCACCAUGAAUUCCACAUCAAAAUAAUUCAUAGGGAUAUAAAAUCAGCAAACAUUCUAAUUGAUGAAUAUUUUCAGCCAAAAAUUGCGGACUUUGGAUUGGCAAGAUUUCAUAGUGAAGAUGAAUCCCAUGUCAGCACUAAAUUUGCUGGGACCUUGGGUUAUACUGCACCAGAAUACGCAACUCAUGGACAUUUAUCGGAGAAGGUGGAUACAUUCAGCUUUGGUGUCGUGGCCCUUGAAAUCAUUAGUGGUCGAAGGUGCAAUGAUAUGAACUCCCAAAGAUCGGACAUGUAUUACCUCCUUGAAGAUGCAUGGAGGUCGUAUGAGAACAACAUGCAUCUGAAGGUCGUUGAUGAGAACUUAGAUCUAAACGAAAGUGAACAAGAACAUGUCAAGAAGAUAAUCGAAAUUGCUUUAACAUGCACACAAUCACCGGUUGGCAUUAGACCAACGAUGUCAGAAGUUGUGUUAAUGCUUUCAAAUGAAAGAUCAUUGGUGCGAAGAAUGGUAGGCAAUAAAUCUACUUUCGUCACUCUGGAUAAAAAGGACUGA